AUGCCCCCGUCCACUGUCUUCUCCUACUGGCGACGCGACCACCGCCGCUCGACCGCGCCGCCCGCAUCGUCUCCAGCCUCGAAAGGUUCAAAUGACAGCCCACCCGCACUCGGCCCUCCUCAGCUCCCCGAGAUCCCUGAUACCCCUACCAUUACGACCCCGUUCGAUGUCAACCAGUCAUACGAUGCCCCGCCUUGGGCCGAUUCCCCGCUAGAGAUCGAUGCUUCAAAGCUCAACUUCAACACAUCCGUCGCGCCACUGUCUUCCUCUGUGAGCCUGGCCGUUCCAUCACCUUCCCCCGAGAAAGAUAAUCGCCCGAACUCGAGUCCUAAUGAGAGUGUGCCUGAGCUGGGCCUUGCGUCGCAGCCCCACAGUUCCCAGCCGUCUGACAGCAUGCUGCGACCAGAGCAGGGAGAUGUCGAGUCGAACUCGAAGCCAAAUUCGCCUUUUCGUCUCUCUUUCGGGGGAAGACCGCGUGCUUUGCAAACGCCAACUACCGAGGGACAGAAGCGUUCACCCACUGCGGGACCAGGGAGCAGUUACUUUGGAUUGAAAACGUCACCAGGAGAAUCACCCUCAGAGAAACCGGUCAUGCCACACAAGGAAUCCAGGAUAGAGGGUGCGAUUACUCGGUGGGCAGGAGACCGUGAAGUACCCGGGGAUCAUGCCCAUCACAAGCCGGGGAAGGCAAUGCUUCAUCUCUUGAACCCGAUGUCCCUGCUGGCUCGCCGACGAUCGUCUCAGAUUGGUAGUUCGCGCGUGGAAAACCCGAAGAUUGGUGCGCAGAGCUCGAUUCCUGCAAUUCCUGACGACUAUGAUCCUCGAAUUCGCGGAAACAUUGUGCAUGACUUCUCUGCCCCCAGACCACGCCGCACCUUAUCGGGCACUCCGAGCGGCCCUACACCGUCUGAUGACAACAGCAAUAUGCAAGAUGCUUCACCAUCACAGAGUGGUCUAAGCCCCGCCACCCGGUGGAACAACCAGACGAGGAGACACAGUGAUCACUCACCCGUGUUUAAAGAGCAUUUCGAGGACGAUCAGAAUGUACUCCAACCUGAGAAGAAGGGUUAUCUUCAAUCGUCAUUAUUGACAAAUCCCACACAACAUGGAUACGAAAAAUCAAUUCCAGUCUUUGCGAGAAAGCUGCCUUCUCACUUGCCAGAGGAGCAGAGUCCUGAGUCUGCAGAACCGAAUGUGUCUCCACCAGCAGAGCUUCUUGCAGAGCUUCCCGCAGAGCUCCCUGCUGAGCCACCAAAAGCAACUAUGCCCGAAGAUCAACAAAACCAAACCGAUCCAGAUAUUAUUCCAAAUGUGCCACAUCCACCCUCGAGCAUUCCAAGGCAUCUUAAGAGCAAUUCUUCGCGAUUCAGCUUCGACAUGGGUGGCGUGGAGUCAUCCGUCCAAGAGAAGCUCCUCGAGGAGAGACACAAGGCAAAAGAGGCUACACGUAAAAUGGAAGAUGGAUAUUUUGAUGACUUCGACGAUGACUUCGAUCAUGACCUCAUGGACGACUUGGACGACUUGGAAGAGAAGAUCCCUGGUGUCAAUGCUGACGCCGAUGAUGAUGAUGAUGAUGAUGAGUUCUCUACGCCCUAUCUUAACGUGAAAUCCUGGGCUGCUCCAAAGCUGUCACCUGUGGUUGCGAGCCCCAUUACUCCAGCGCCUCCUGAGAUUCAAGCCAACACGACUCUAACGAAGUAUCUUGACCCCGAGGCUGACUCUCCAACUUCGUCUUAUUCAUUCGAAGAUGAUGAGACGCAACAAGGGCUCGCUCAAGCAGAACAGUCAGACCAAUUGCGACCGCCCUUUCCUGAUCACACUGAAAUCUUGGGAGCUGCGCCACAGGUUCCAGACACUCAUCAAAGACAGAUCAUCCACGAUGAGGACGAUAUGUACUUUGACGACGGGGAAUUCGGCGACCUUAGCCUCGAUGACCAGGAUGGAAGAUUCGACGAGACUGUUUUUGACGACGUGACAAGCCACCUCUAUGAGCGGAAGCCAGUCAUGCCACAAGAAGCUCAGAAUCCCGAAGCUGAUGGGCCUGAUGACGAGUCUUUACAGCAUGACAUUGAUGACCUGGAAGAAAAUGCUACCCAUAGCCUCAAGCACAUGCCCAGCGUGGCUAGUACUUACCAGACGACGUCUGUCAAGCGCGGUCCACUCGGCGAGCCGAUUCCAAACAUGGGACCUGCCAGGGGUCAUGGCGGCGUGCUCACGGAGCAAAACUUGGAUAUCUUGCACAAUGCGUUGGCUUUUGCAGCCAACGAAGCAGCGAGCAAGAGCCGAGUUGAACGCAAUUUCAGUACAAGUGAUCGGUCUUUAGGACAGGAGAGUGUCCAAACCGCACAGACGGUGGAUUCUCAACCUGGUCUAGUAUCGGAUGAUAGCCGCCUUAGCCAGGGGCCUGAUAUCAUGACCUUUGAAGAAUCCUACGACGAUCAGAUCUUAGAUGAUGAUGCGUACUGGGAUGACGCGAUUAUCGCCGCAGCCAAUGCGGAAGCUCUAGAAAACGACGACGACGGCUUCUACGGCCAAGAAUUCGGUUUCUAUGCGGAAGCACAUGAUACCGCCAGUUCCGAGCUUACGAAUGGAGGCUACUUUGGCCCUCGAGGCGUCGAGAGCAUCACCCGCAGCCACAGCAGUCGUGGCAAGUUCCAAGAACCCAGCCUCACCCCCAUCACUGAACGGAGUGAAUGGAGUACGCGCAACUCAAUGAUUUCGCUAAAGGCACACGGUGCUGCUCACUCCAACCCUUCUUUAGCAAGCCCGGGCCUAGCCCAGCUAGUGGAUAUGGGCAAUCUCGAUGACGAAAUGUCACUAAGCGCCCUUAUGAAGCUGCGCCGGGGUGCAUGGGGCGGAAGCAAUGGAAGCUUGCGGAGCAGCGCGGGCAGUCCGCCACCUCAUACCCUUCCGUCCUCCAACCGUGCCAGCUUCACAGGGGCAUCUGAUGCGAGUCCCUCGGAUGUGCGGCCCCCUGCCGACGACGGGUUGGCAGGAAUUGGCUAUCACCAGGACGAUAACAACCCCUAUAUGGCCUCACCGCUCAAAGAUCUUGCCGAUCUCCCGAUCCACGGAAUAGGCGGACCGAACAACACUGAAAGCGAUGUUGACAUGCCGGCUUUGACAUCCCAGCAUGUCAAUGUUUUGUAA